AAGCGUUACGCCGCGGCGGCGGGGCCCGGGGCCGGAGGCGGCGGCGGCGGUGGCAGCGGCGGGGCCGGGGGGGACCGCAGCGAGGCCGCCGCCGCCGCCAUGGAAGCGCUGGGACCCGGGCCUCCGGCAAGCCUGUUCCAGCCGCCCCGUCGCCCAGGCCUGGGAACUGUUGGGAAACCCAUCCGCCUCCUAGCCAACCACUUCCAGGUUCAGAUCCCUAAGAUUGACGUUUAUCACUAUGAUGUAGAUAUCAAACCAGAAAAACGGCCUCGAAGAGUGAAUAGAGAGGUGGUGGAUACCAUGGUGAGACACUUCAAGAUGCAAAUAUUUGGUGAUCGGCAGCCUGGCUACGAUGGGAAGCGGAACAUGUACACUGCACACCCCUUGCCGAUUGGCCGCGACAGAGUGGAUAUGGAGGUGACGCUUCCAGGGGAGGGGAAGGACCAGACUUUUAAAGUAUCCAUUCAGUGGGUAUCAGUCGUCAGCCUUCAGUUGCUGCUGGAAGCUCUGGCAGGGCACCUGAAUGAAGUUCCUGAAGAUUCUGUACAGGCACUUGAUGUAAUCACACGGCACCUUCCCUCCAUGAGGUAUACUCCUGUGGGUCGCUCCUUUUUCUCCCCCCCUGAAGGCUAUUACCACCCUCUGGGUGGUGGCAGGGAGGUCUGGUUUGGUUUCCACCAGUCCGUCAGGCCUGCCAUGUGGAACAUGAUGCUCAACAUUGAUGUGUCAGCCACUGCUUUCUACCGUGCCCAGCCUAUCAUCGAGUUCAUGUGUGAGGUCUUGGACAUUCAGAACAUCAAUGAACAAACCAAGCCUCUUACAGACUCCCAACGUGUCAAGUUUACCAAAGAAAUCAGAGGUCUAAAAGUAGAGGUUACUCACUGUGGCCAGAUGAAGAGAAAAUACCGAGUUUGCAAUGUUACUCGGCGACCAGCCAGUCAUCAGACGUUUCCUCUGCAGCUGGAAAAUGGGCAGGCUAUGGAGUGUACAGUAGCUCAAUAUUUUAAGCAGAAGUACAGUCUGCAGCUAAAAUAUCCUCAUCUUCCCUGUCUCCAAGUAGGACAGGAACAGAAACACACAUAUUUGCCGCUUGAGGUGUGUAACAUAGUGGCAGGCCAGAGAUGUAUCAAGAAGCUAACGGACAAUCAGACAUCAACUAUGAUAAAAGCAACUGCGAGAUCUGCACCAGACCGACAGGAAGAAAUCAGCAGACUAGUGAAAAGUAACAGCAUGGUUGGUGGACCUGAUCCAUACCUGAAGGAGUUUGGUAUUGUUGUCCAUAAUGAAAUGACAGAAUUGACAGGCAGAGUCCUGCCAGCACCAAUGCUGCAAUAUGGAGGCAGGAACAAGACUGUGGCCACACCAAACCAAGGCGUGUGGGACAUGAGAGGGAAACAGUUCUAUGCUGGCAUUGAGAUUAAAGUUUGGGCUGUCGCCUGUUUUGCUCCUCAAAAACAAUGCAGGGAAGACUUACUAAAGAGUUUCACUGACCAGCUGCGCAAGAUCUCCAAGGAUGCAGGGAUGCCGAUCCAAGGCCAGCCCUGUUUCUGCAAAUACGCCCAGGGUGCAGACAGCGUGGAGCCCAUGUUUAAACACUUAAAACUGACUUACGUUGGUCUGCAGCUGAUCGUGGUGAUUCUACCUGGAAAGACACCCGUGUAUGCUGAAGUAAAGCGGGUUGGUGACACGCUUCUUGGCAUGGCCACUCAGUGUGUUCAGGUAAAGAACGUGGUGAAAACGUCCCCGCAAACACUGUCCAACCUCUGUCUGAAGAUAAACGCAAAGCUUGGAGGAAUCAACAAUGUGCUUGUGCCUCAUCAAAGGCCCUCGGUGUUCCAGCAGCCAGUGAUCUUCCUGGGAGCAGAUGUCACCCACCCUCCUGCCGGGGAUGGAAAGAAGCCUUCUAUUGCUGCUGUGGUAGGCAGCAUGGACGGCCACCCCAGCCGUUACUGUGCUACAGUGCGUGUGCAGACCUCCCGUCAGGAGACCUCCCAGGAAUUGCUGUACAGUCAGGAGGUGAUACAGGACCUGACUAACAUGGUGCGAGAACUGUUGAUACAGUUUUACAAAUCCACUCGGUUCAAGCCUACACGGAUCAUUUACUACAGAGGGGGAGUAUCAGAAGGGCAGAUGAAACAGGUAGCGUGGCCAGAGCUCAUAGCAAUCCGGAAGGCCUGUAUUAGUUUGGAAGAAGACUAUAGACCGGGAAUAACGUACAUUGUUGUGCAGAAAAGGCAUCACACCAGACUAUUCUGUGCUGACAAAACUGAAAGGGUGGGUAAGAGUGGCAACGUACCGGCAGGCACUACUGUGGACAGCACGAUCACGCAUCCUUCUGAAUUUGACUUUUACCUCUGUAGCCACGCAGGAAUUCAGGGAACCAGCCGGCCCUCCCACUAUCAGGUCUUGUGGGACGACAACUGUUUUACUGCAGACGAGCUACAGCUGCUGACCUAUCAGCUGUGUCACACGUAUGUCCGGUGUACACGGUCAGUCUCUAUUCCAGCUCCUGCAUACUACGCCAGGCUGGUAGCGUUUAGGGCCAGAUACCAUCUUGUGGACAAGGAUCAUGACAGCGCGGAAGGCAGCCACGUGUCAGGACAGAGCAAUGGCCGUGAUCCUCAGGCUCUGGCAAAGGCAGUGCAGAUCCACCAUGACACUCAGCACACAAUGUAUUUUGCUUGAGAGCAUCUGGGAGGAUGUGGCAAAACCAACAACUCGUGCAGUCCUGAAAUGUUGUCAAUGCCUACUGCUAUAGCUAGGGCCCGGUUUAUUUCAGACUGCCCACUACCAGCAGCUCUGAACAGUCGCACUGAAUCUGUACUUCACAGCAAAUGUCUGAUGCACCAACACAAUUGAGCCAUUCGUUUCAUUAUUUUGUGUAAUAGGAAUUCAUAGACUGUCUUUUCUGAUGCAUUGGACUGAAUUUUUACCUCAAAGCGCAAAAGGCCGAUCAUCCUGAAAUUUUUAAAGGACUUGGCAUGAAAGGUUUCUAUUGAAUAUUUUGCUAGCUACGGUUUUUAAGUUAUCUUCUCAUCCCAUUAGUUUAUCAUGACGACUGAUCCCCCGUCUUCAUGCACUGCUUAGUGAGUAUGCAUAUUAUGGCAAAAUGUUUUACUCCAGUUAAAUGUAAUUGUUCUAUUGUGUGGGGCCAUAGAUUUUUUAAUGGAGAUUUUAGACUUCACUACUGUAAAUGCCUUUUGACAAACAUAACUUUCACAGGUAUUGCAGUUUUUUGUCGGUUUUACUAAUUAUCUUUUUAAUCUCUGCAGACUUGGGCUGCAAAGCAAUUGCACUAUACUGCGAGUUCAAAUAUAGGUGGUUCUUGUUCUGUGAAUGUGUAACAUAACCAGAUAGUGAUGCCUGUCAGUAGGUUUUAAUUAUAAUGGUUACAAAUAAUACUGCCAUGGUAUCAUAGGAAAUACUGAACCAUCAUUUUCCCCCUCUAAAAAUGAUUAAAAAAAUACAAAAAAUACAAAAAAAAAUUAGCUUUUAGGUAUUUUGCAAACUUUUACAAAAGUGCCCACUUUAUGCUGCUGUGUGGUUUGAUAAAUCUAAGUGAUUUUAAAACUUUUUUCUCAUAGAAGGGUUAACUUUGGCAAUAAAUAUUUGUUUUUUAAGCCCCCCUAACAGUGUAAUUUUCUAGCUGAGGGUUGUGCAUGAGUUUAACCAACAUUCUCGUGUCGUUUUCUGAACACACAAUUUGGCGGUUUCUGAAGCUAAUUAGAAAAGACGCACUUCCAUGCUUUUUUUAAGAAUUAUUUUUAACUGUUUUAUAUUCACUGUUGGUGUCCUGUCUACAACUUUUUUUAUAAGCUUGGAAACUGGGCGUUACAUGUAGGAAAGGCUUGCCAAUCUGUACAGUCUAAAUGUAUUGUGUGACAGGCAACCUGAGGACUUGUACCAGCAUUUUAAACUUUUUCCCUGGGAAUCUAGGUUGCGCACACAACUGCAUUCAACAGCAUGUUUAACCAAUGUAAGUCUAAUAUACUGAUUCUGUCCCAGCCUAUAGGAAAUUAAGGUUUUUUAAUCUGCUUGGCUUUUUUCAGCUGCAAUGUGUAAUAAAGAAGAGGGGCUUGGUUUCACUCUCGGAAUCCACAACCAUAGUACAUGAAGACUAGAUUCCUCUUAGUGUUAACGUUGAGUUAGCGCAGAUUAAAAGCUUAUUCCUAAACUGAGUAGAACUAACACCACUACUUUGAUAACAGAAGCUUGCGAAGUCCAAUGAUUGCACUGUGGUCUCUGAUACUCGUGUGGGGUUUGCUGCUAAGUUGUCUGCUGUUCCAAAGCUUAGGAACCAGCCCCCUCAAAAUUUCAGCAAUAGGAAAUGCUCUUUCCUUCAGUCUUUAAGCUUGUAAAUAAAUUAAAGUUUACAUUUCUAAAUGCUGUUUUUUUCAGUUGUACCAGAGUACACUGAAGUUAGUCUUCAAACAGUUUUAUAACCUUCUUUCAAAUAGGAUGUCUCAUUAAAUUAAGUUUAAACUUUUUUUCUUUUCUGUUCUAAAUGGGACUGAAGCAAACUCUGCUCUUGGCACGUAUAGUGGACGAGUUUAGAUUGAAAAAAGAUUCCUUUUAUUUUUUUUAUUUUUAUUUUUAAAGAAUACCUCACUUGUGUAAUAAAAUCAGGACAUGUGGGUGGGAGACUGACCGCUGCUUCAGCUAGAUGGCUGCUUUCUCAGUACUCGUUCAGGGAGAAUACAAAAACCCCUUUUUAGAAUGAACUCUGACUGACCCAACACACAUGGAGAACUUUGGCACCUUGAAAAGAAACUGAGCACCCUUUUUUAAGUUAUAGGAUCAAAGAUCACUGUUUGAGUUUGUGCACUAGGCAAGAAUGUGACUGGUUUAAUCAAGGGUGCAUAACAAAUACUUAGUUUUAUCACCAGUUAGUUAGUUGUCCAGUGCCAAGCACUCCUAGUUCAGAUUGAGUGAAGUGAGAGCCUCUCUUUUGUUUGCCUGUGACUGGACUGAAUAUUUAACCUCAGACUAUGUGGAUUGUUAGAUCUCAGCUAGCCCCGGGAAGCAUGGCGAGAACCCUAACUCAAUCCUGUGUUAGAACACCAUCGUUUAAAAAAUAAUAAUACAAAAAACCACUGCUAAGGGUGCAGUGCUGUCACUUUGAGAGAAGAGCGUUUAAAUUCAGGACCGUUGCUCGGUGGUGACUGUAAGAUCAAAGUUUUGGCAAUAGUGUCCUCUGAGGGUCUGCAAGCUGAGUCUGGAGGUUGGGCUUGACGAUCUGAAUUAACCCCUUGGGACUGACUGAAUCGUUAUGCAUGUGUCAAUCAAUGGGAAGAUGUGCAUUCUGUAGAUGUAGUUCUUAGGGUGUUUUUGUUUCGUUCUGUUUUUUUAUAAAUAAAGCCUGUUGGCCACUGUUUAGCUAUGUGGUGUGAAAGAUUUUAAAUGUAGCAAAGUUUAAAGAGUUGGGGAAGGGGGUGGUUGACACUUUAAAAAAAAUAAAAUAAAAAGGGGUGGGGGGGAGGCGGGUGGGCAGAAACCCCAUUUUCAAACCAGUUCUGCUUGCUUUGUGAACAGCUGAAUUCUGAACAAGCUCUGGCAAUCACUAGUUAGCCUGUCUCAAACAUUUGAACAGCCUGGCUUAUUUAUUCUUGUUGUAAGUACCACAAGUUUAGUGUAGUGCCUGUAGCUGCAUCCAAAGGGCAUAAGAGGUUGUGAUAUACAGGCAAAUUUGCUUCAUGCAGUACGUCUCUUGCUCCAGACACAAGUGUCAGAGUUAUUUAACCUAUAUCAACAGCUUUGCUCUUCAAAUGGGUAAAGGCACAUUUGUUCAGAUACAGUGUUUAACGAAACCUACCCCCCAAACUACCUUUGUGGAUGUGCUGUAGGAUUUUUCUUGCUCAAUAGCAAGGGAGUAACUCUGCUUUCAUUUUAAGAAGGCAGGGUUUGGAGGGCAUUGUAUCAAUACUGUUUCAACUACAAGGUUUUUUCCUUGUGCAUUUGAGGAAAGAUCUUGUAAUAUCACUUACAGAUUUUCUUAUACCUUGCUAUUGACAUUUUCAUAUUUCUAUGUCUAGAGGCUGAAACUUCAAUGUAAAAUGUUUGCAUUUGUUCAUUUUGACUUACGAUGUAACUUUUGUUUCUAUAUUGUUAGACUUGUAAUGUUUAAAAUUGUAUUUUAUUAAAUUUGGACUGGAUGUAUGUCUAUAGCAAUACGAGGUACUCUUUCUAAACUGUUCUGGGUGGGUUAGCAGCCCCAUGUUGCGAUAAGAUGCUGGUUGUGUACAAUUUGCAAUGUAUUUUUUUUUUUUUUAGCCUGCAGGGAUAUUUUGUGUUCAUGUGUCCAAAAAUAAUAAUAAUAAAAAGGCAUUCUUGUGCC